GGUUUUGCAAACUCCAAAUUAGAACCUCGCCUUGUCUCAUUUUCGCAACUUGCCACUCGAUAUCAACAACGACGACGCCGUAGCUGUCACCGGGCCACGACCCCCGCGCCUUCACGGCACCUCCGUGCCCGAACGAACCACCAGCAGCAAGCAGUCGACCAACCGGUCUUCGCCGCCAUCCAUCCCUCCCCCUCCCUCUCGUGCCCGGCCGAAUCCGAUGCUCGGAAUCGGAGCGUCGCUUCCAAUCUGAUGCAUGCUCCGCCUCGAACCCGCCGGUGCUUGCCUCGAUGCCGCGCCCUUGCGUCCCCUGCGCCGCCUCUCGCGCUCCUCCUCCUCCCCUCCUCCUCUCUCCCUCCGCCUCUCGGCUUAGGGUUUUGAGGCGGCGCUCCGCGGCCACUUCCCUCGCCGUCGCUCGCCGCUCGCCCUUCGCUACCUCGCUCCACAAGCCUUCGAAGCAGAGGUGGAGAUUUUCAUGUUUUCGACCUGAUGAAUUUGCAUCAGAAAAUCCUGAUUCUGAGUCAGUGGAAGACAAGAGGUUGGAAAAGUUAGAGAACCAUGAUAUUGACCAAUCAAAUAAUGGGAAGAAGAAUUGGUUUUCAAGCAUCCUUAAGGUGAGAGAUGCAAUUUUCAGAGCAAAACCUUGGACGGUGCCAUGGACUGCGGAGACAAUUCUGCAGGUAAUGCUUCUAUGGAUUGCAUCAUUUUGGUUUGUGGGAUCUUGGAUUAUACCUUUCCUGGCUCACAUGGGAGGGUUCAGAAAGGAAACCCUAACAUACAGAGGCCAAGCACUGUACAGCCUCUUGACUGAUGUAGUAGAAGGUCUUGCUGGAAUUGCCAUCCUCCAUCGUUGUCUUGCAAGAUUCCGUCCCCUUCCAUCCGAUUGGUUUAGGUUCAGCCUUAAAGGAAAAUGGCACUUUGAUGUUGGUCUAGGCUGUCUUAUGUUUCCGCUUGUAAACCGUUUGUCUCAAGUCAACCUUAAUUUAUUGCCUGUUCUUCCCUCUACACCAGUUACAGUCUCCACUGUUGAGCAAUCGAUAGUUGCACGGGACCCCGUGGCCAUGGCCCUUUAUGCUGUGGUGGUUUCAAUAUGUGCCCCAAUUUGGGAAGAGAUUGUCUUCCGUGGGUUUCUUCUACCUUCCUUGACCAAGUACAUGCCAGUAUGGUGCUCAAUUUUGGUGAGUUCAUUGGCUUUUGCUUUGGCUCAUUUCAAUAUGCAGAGGAUGCUUCCGCUUAUAUUCCUAGGAGUGGUGAUGGGUGCUGUUUUCGCACGAUCGAGGAACUUGUUGGCAUCGAUGGUGUUGCAUAGCCUUUGGAAUGCAUUUGUAUUCUUAGAUUUGAUGAAAUAAUAUCACCUCAAACUGUAUAUUCUUUGACCAGCUAGUUGAAAAUUGCCAUCAUUUUUUUCUAAUUACA